UUUAAGCAUGAGUGUAACAAAACUUAUGCUCAUCUGUUUUGUUUUCUCACCAACAGAAUUAGAUCUUAUUUUAAUAAAUUGUACAUUAUUAUUUUACAAAACACUAUUUUGUGUAGUGCCAAAUGGUUGGUUUUAGCGAACAUCAUUGGUUUGGAUCUCGGCAUGUUGUUAUAAUUCUUCUGACUCUUUCUCAAUCUUUGAAUGUUAAUUAUAUGUAUGUAACUAGUCAGCUUUAUGAAAGAACAUAUGGUCACUCUCAUGGCGCUAGUGACAUUUUCCACAUGCUCAAUGAUAUUCCAAAAGAACAUAUUAAAUAUUAUCGCUUUGUUAGUGAAGGUUUGACAACGGUACUUGGUGUCAUAUCUGCAAUACUAACACUCAAGAUCUCCAAUAAAUAUUUUUUGUUCUUAUCCAAUGCACUAAAUGCAGUUAUAUCAUUUGCAUUGCCUUUUUUGCUAACUGUAGCAGAAUCAUAUGCUUUUGGUAUUACAAUGAUUGUCUUUAGUCUGGCUCGGAGUAUACACUGGUGUACCACCUUGUGUCUAAUAGGAAAAUGGAUACCAACUCAUGAGAUAUGUAGAUCUCUUGCAAUAAUAUUUAGUUUCGGUUGUGUUUUUGGUGGUACAUUGUUCAUGAUAGCAGAACUAAUUAGGAAUGAAACCAAUUAUCCAAACAGUUUUUAUUUUUUGGGAACUGUAACAACAUUGUGGUUAAUAUUAUGGUUUUUAUUCGGCGCUGGGUCACCAAAUGAUUGUGCGUUUACAACAGAAGGUGAAAAAAGGUAUAUUUACAAAAGCCUAGAGUUUGUUCGUCCUAAGAACAGUAAAACUCCGAUACCAUGGAAGGAUAUUAUCAAGUGUCGGUCAUUGUAUACCACUAGUGUUGCGAUAACAUCGUUUUUCCAGUCAUUUUACAACUUGGGUUUUAGUGAAUUCCAUUGGGAAUCAAUUUUUUCAAUUAUACUUUCUCAAUCAAGAGAACAG